AUGGCCACAACACUGGAAGACAAGUCUAUUUGGGAAGAUGGUGAAGAAGCUCUCAGUGAGGAAGUUCUACGUAUGCCAACAGAUGAGAUAAUAAGCCGAACACGAUUGCUGGACAAUGAAAUUAAGAUCAUGAAGAGUGAAGUCAUGAGAAUUUCUCAUGAAUUACAAGCACAAAAUGACAAAAUCAAGGAGAACACAGAGAAAAUUAAAGUGAACAAGACUCUUCCGUACCUCGUUUCCAAUGUUAUCGAACUGCUAGACGUUGACCCUCAAGAGGAAGAAGAAGACGGCGCUGUAGUAGACCUGGACUCGCAGAGGAAAGGAAAAUGCGCCGUCAUUAAGACCUCGACCAGACAAACAUAUUUCUUACCCGUGAUUGGUCUUGUGGAUGCUGAAAAACUGAAGCCCGGUGACCUGGUUGGAGUAAACAAAGACUCUUAUUUGAUCUUGGAAACUCUGCCCGCUGAGUAUGACGCCAGAGUCAAAGCUAUGGAAGUAGACGAGAGACCUACAGAACAAUACUCAGAUAUCGGUGGCUUGGAUAAACAGAUACAGGAACUGAUAGAGGCAGUAGUACUACCUAUGACCCACAAGGAGAAGUUUGUCAACCUCGGUAUUCAUCCUCCGAAGGGUGUGCUCUUGUAUGGCCCUCCAGGAACUGGCAAGACUUUGUUAGCUAGGGCUUGUGCUGCUCAAACUAAGUCUACCUUCUUGAAGCUUGCUGGACCUCAGCUUGUACAAAUGUUCAUCGGUGACGGAGCCAAGCUUGUUAGAGAUGCCUUCGCAUUAGCCAAGGAGAAGGCACCAGCAAUAAUCUUCAUCGAUGAGUUGGAUGCUAUCGGUACAAAGAGAUUUGACUCGGAGAAGGCCGGUGAUCGUGAAGUGCAGAGAACUAUGCUGGAACUACUUAAUCAGUUAGAUGGUUUUAGCUCUACUGCUGAUAUUAAGGUCAUAGCUGCCACAAACAGAGUAGAUAUUUUGGAUCCAGCCCUGCUUCGUUCCGGUCGUCUGGACAGAAAGAUUGAAUUCCCUCACCCCAAUGAGGAGGCUAGGGCUAGGAUCAUGCAAAUUCACUCCCGAAAAAUGAAUGUAUCCCCGGAUGUUAACUUUGAAGAGUUAUCCCGUUCUACUGAUGAUUUCAACGGUGCCCAAUGUAAGGCUGUUUGUGUUGAAGCUGGUAUGAUAGCCUUAAGACGAUCAGCUACUGCCGUGACUCACGAAGACUUCAUGGACGCGAUCCUUGAAGUACAGGCCAAGAAAAAGGCCAAUCUCAGCUAUUAUGCUUAA